AAUUACUAUGGUUGAAGCGUCUGAAAGAUGCCGAAUGUGGAAGGACAUCGGAGGGACAAGCAUGGGUAGAGCUUGAACUUCUAUUUAAUCGAGAUGCCACGAUACGAAUUAGCUCUCAUUUUAAAGGACCUCCCCAGGGCAGCCCUUGCCACUGCUUUAAAGAGAAGUUGUCAACAUGUAUGGAAAGAAGACGGUGUUGUCAGAAAGAUAGAAAACUUAGGAACAAAGCCCUUGCCAUAUAGAAUGCAUGUGCAUGGUUCAAAAAAUGUCACUGGAAGCUACUUUGUGAUGAACUUUGAUUCCAGUACAAAUGCCAAGGAAGAAAUAGAAAAGAGAUUACGCAGGGAUGCCGAAAUAGUUCGACCCACCAUUUUCUCAGUAGUAGAAGAUGACGAGCGACCAUGUAUGAGGGGACUUGAGUGCCAGUUUGGUGAAAAUGUCUCUCUGAUUGGUGAACGUUUGUCAUGGAGAACUAAAGCUCUUAAAAAGACAAAUCUGUAUGCAGGAUUGAAGAAGAAUAAAAAGAAUUGAGGAACUGUAUCAAAGUACAUGUCAAACAUCGACAGAAGUGCUAUUCAAGAAUUUGUGUUAAGAAGCGAAUGUCACUUAAAGUAUGUGUGUAAAUAUUGAUGUGUUCUUAUGAAGAUUUCAAAAACUCACAAAUCUUCUGAAAAUUUUGCACCAUUUCAAUAUACUUUAUUUUAAUAUUACCUUGUGACAGAACAAGCUGAUACUAUGUUAGCUCAGUUCAUGACUCGACAACACAAUUAAUAUUAUCUUCAAGUAUGGCUUUGAUUGGGGUGAUUUUGUGAACAGUGUUCUAUAUCUACAGAAAAUACGAUCACCGAGUCAGAUCUAUUUCAUUGAUGAAACAGCUAAACGACAACUUGGCUGUGAAUUCAUUUUCCUUACAGAAGGCAUGUUCCCACCAUGUUUUCAAGAUUUCAAAAUUGUCGGUACUGCUUGCCAAUUACCCUGUAUUAUGCUAUCAUUUUAUUGGUAUGCUUUUUUUUUCAGUAAUCAUGCAUUGUGUAUUAGAUAUUCUAAUUUGGCUAAAAUACAAUCAAUUUCAUGACCUAGCAUUGAUUUAAAGCACCUUUUCCUGAAAGGGUGUCUUUCACGUACAUUUUUGAAAGUAAUAGUGGUAUUAUUUCUGAAAUCCACUUUUAAAAUGAGAUGAGUUUGAGGAAAGUAGUUGUCAUACAAAUCCUGUGUUCGGAGAAAUAAAGACAAUACAUAUAAUUGUAUGAAAAUGUUUGAUUUAAUAGAUUUAGUACUUGCAUGUUGAGUUGGUUAGAUUAUUGACUCUUGUUAUUCUAGACAGGAUAAUAAAAGAAAACAAUUGGAUGCUUA